AUGAGGGCCUCCCUCUUCCUCCUCGCCCUUCCCCUUGCCGCCGCUUCGCCACUGGUGGCCUCCCCAGGCAGCGGGGACGACAGCAUCAGCAGCUCAUCGAGCUCGUCGCGGGGCAAGACCAAGGCAUCGUCUUCGACCUCAUCGGCAUCGACUCCAACAGCGUCUGCGUCAGAGACAUCGACAGACGCCUCCAGUGCUUGGGCCAAGGCACAGCCGACCACCGCUUCCGCCGCGAACAGCACACAGGCGCCAGAGCUCGUAACCACCGCUGUUCCCUCGCGCACAUCCGGUGCGCCCGCAGCAGGAUCUGCGGGGCCGCUCAAAGACCCAGCAGUCAUAUGGCCCGGGGCAGACGACUGGUUGAGCGGCGCCACACCGCCACUUGUCGACUUCAUCCUCGACAACCCCGACACUUCGCUGCUCAACGCCACGCUGCGGAUCAACCCCGGCCCAAUAACCGUCCUCGCCCUACCGUUCUACUACGAGGCCGAGAUCGACCUCGGCCCGCGGCUCAAACCUGGCACGGGGUACACCAUCACUGUAAACGGCACGGGGCUCUCGUCGCAAGACUUCUCGGCCACGUCCAAGCCUUUCGAAAUCAAGCCCAAGGGCUCGCACAUCAUCACACCACCGGGCAUCGGCUCGUCGCUGUACUCAAGCGCGGCGCAUACCGUCCCCCCACUGACUCUUAUCCUCGGACUAUUGCUUGUUGUACUCUUCCGCACAGCUUAA